UAACCUGCUCCCCCCACUACACAGCACGAGCUCAACAAAGGAAGCGAUGCGCGGUGGUCCACGCGCACGCACCGUCAGCCACAAUGGCAAACGUGCGUCCGCGCUCCCGCUGUGCAGCGACAAGAUGGCGGUCGCCGCCUCAUCAGGCGUUAAAGUCCCCCGCAAUUUCCGGCUCCUGGAAGAGCUGGAAGAAGGCCAGAAAGGUGUGGGAGAUGGGACCGUGAGCUGGGGUCUGGAGGAUGACGAGGACAUGACCUUAACACGGUGGAGAGGGGUGAUCCUUGGCCCUCCAAGGACAAGCUAUGAAAACAGGAUGUACAAUCUGAAAGUUGAAUGUGGGCCAGAAUACCCAGAGUUACCGCCGUACGUCAGAUUUGUGACGAAGAUAAACUUGAAUGGUGUGCACACCUCCAGCGGUGUGGUUGACAUGCAUGCGGUGACUGCACUGGCCAAGUGGCAGAACUCCUACAGUAUCCAGAUGGUGCUGCUGGAGCUGCGACGGCUCAUGACAUGCAAGGAAAACAUGAAGCUUCCUCAGCCACCCGAGGGCCAGAUCUACUCCAACUGAGCCCCUGCUACUUUUGCCUCCACCACCCCCACCCACAACUCUUCUGUUUUGCUUUCAUCCCUUUAUCCCCAUUCUACGCAAUGUGACAUUCCACCUCCUGCCGACACUUUGGCAGAGCGCACACACACAGACACACACACAUAAUUACACAUAAGUACACAUACACACACAUAAGUACACACGUACACAUAUAUCAGUAUAAACACACACAGCAGAAGACUUAGUAUACAAUAACAGAUUAUGCAAACAGACACACACAUUUAUCUGCAUACACACAAACACACAAACUUAUUGAGCAUCAUGAAGGUCAUUCCAGGCACUGGCCCCCUCGCUCUCCCAUCACUGGAGCUCUGGAUGGACUCAGUCCACACCAGAUGUGAUCAUUCGAAUACUGUACAUGUUACUAAUCUUUUUUUAUUAUUAUUUGUUAAGAAAUGCAGAUUGUACAAUAACAUAAAUAAUCUUAUUGAGUGUACCUCGUUGUGUGUUGCCUUUUUGUAACAUUUAAAACAACCUCAUAAAUAACACAAUUUCACAUAUUUAACAAGACGUGUAGUUGCUGUUAGUUACAAGAUAAUAUACAAAACCCCGUAUCUAAAACGUCUUCAGUAAUGUGACGUAUGUGUUCUCAUGUGGCCAGAUAAAUUUAUGACUGCAGCUCAGCGCGGUGCCUGGAAUCGGUCACAUUAUUCACAUUUUCCCCUUCCAUGUCAGAAUUGUUGUAAGUGAACAUUGUACAUGUACAGUAUCUCCACCACUAUAUCUGAUCGUAGUAUGCAAAUCUACUGUAGGUCUGCAGAAGUCCCAUGCUUGAAAAUAGAAGUGAAAUCAGCUACCUCUUCAGGUCCUGUGUAACGUCAGGGGAGUGAUCUGACUUGUGAAACUGUCUUUGCUACUUCAUGUAACAAUUUGUUUUACUUUCUCCAGUCCUACCAUAAAUCUGAAGUCAUGCUUUUCA